UAGGGUGUUUAUGAUCUUAUUGGAUCAUAUCAGUGUUCAGAAUGACAGGGGAAAGAAGGUUGUAGAUUUUCACUCGCCUGAGCAGUUGAAAGAAGUAAUCGAUUUCGGGAUCCCUGACGAUCCAUUGAACCUUGAUCAGUUGUUGGUGGAUUGCAAGGAUUCCCUCAAGUAUCAAGUUAAAACAGGGCACCCUCGGUUCUUUAACCAGCUGAGCUGUGGCUUGGACGUUGUAUCUCUGGCCGGGGAAUGGUUGACUGCCACCGCCAACACCAACAUGUUCACUUACGAGAUCGCACCAGUCUUUAUUCUCAUGGAGUUCGAGUGCUUGAAGAAAAUGCGGGAAAUAAUUGGCUGGUCUGGCGGCGACAGUAUCCUGGCCCCUGGUGGCUCAAUUAGUAACAUGUACGCACUGAUGAUUGCGCGGCAUAAACUCUUCCCGCAGCAUAAGAAAUAUGGAAUGCGCGCCAUCAAGGGCCAGCUUAUCAUGUACACAAGCCAACACCACCACUACUCGAUCAAAGGAGGAGCCUCUGCUAUUGGUCUUGGUACAGAAAACUGCGUUCAAGUGGCAUGCGAUGAAUAUGGCAAUGAGCACCCGUACUGCGAAUACACUCAGAUAGACAGAUNUAUCUGUGAGAAGUAUGGUAUUUGGUUGCAUGUUGACGCAGCUUGGGGUGGAGGUCUUCUCAUGUCCAACAGAUACAGACAUGCUGGAUUUGAGGGAAUUGAGAGAGCUGAUUCUGUAACCUGGAACCCUCAUAAGCUUCUUGGAACACUCCUUCAAUGCUCUACUCUACACGUCAAGGAAUCUGGAUUACUGAUCAGCUGUAACCAGAUGUCAGCUGACUACUUGUUCCAAACUGACAAGUGUUAUGACGUCACAUUUGAUACAGGGGAUAAGGUCAUCCAAUGUGGAAGACACAACGAUAUUUUCAAGUUCUGGCUUCAAUGGCGCUCAAGGGUAAGUCGUUUUUGCUGCACCAAAAAGGAUAUCAUUUUGUUGAAAGGAAAGGAACAGUUGGAGCUUCAUGAUGGUCAGCUCACAGGUGUCAGCAUCUUGGCAGCAAAGGGUUCACAUCUAGGCGACGGUCCUGGAGGAGCUGAUUCUGUAACCUGGAACCCUCAUAAGCUUCUUGGAACACUCCUUCAAUGCUCUACUCUACACGUCAAGGAAUCUGGAUUACUGAUCAGCUGUAACCAGAUGUCAGCUGACUACUUGUUCCAAACUGACAAGUGUUAUGACGUCACAUUUGAUACAGGGGAUAAGGUCAUCCAAUGUGGAAGACACAACGAUAUUUUCAAGUUCUGGCUUCAAUGGCGCUCAAGGGGUAUGUCUGGGUUUGAGAAUCAAAUCAACCGACUAAUGGACCUCACAGCGUAUCAGGUCAAGAAAAUGAAAGAGAAACCCUCACUUUUCUAUCUGAUCAUACCAGACCCAGAGUGCACCAACGUCUGUUUCUGGUAUAUACCAGAGAGAUACGAGAAGAGGGAUAAAUGGUGGCAGGAUGAGCUGGGGAAAGUGACCGCUAAGCUCAAGGGACGUAUGAUGAAAGCUGGUUCUAUGAUGAUCAGCUAUCAACCUCUCGGCGAUCUACCAAACUUCUUCAGAUCAAUUAUCUCUAACCAGGCACAGACAGAAAUUGACGUUGACUUUAUGCUGGAGGAGUUGGAUAGAUUGGGUAAAGAUCUCUAAACAGAAUUUGAUUGUUUGAAGGAAGACCAAACUAGUCGAUCCUAGGAUCUAGAACUUUAUAUAUUCAUACUUAUUUGUGCGUCCCCCCGGGCAACUUGUGCUUUUGCAUACGACGCAAUUGAUGUACUAAAUAGAUACCCAUGUCUUUGUUUAUACUUGUUGAAGCAAAACGCGGAAAAGCGUCAAAAAUGGAAAAAAUAUAUUUGUUAUCAAUGGAUUAAAUACUUAAGAUUGUUUAUGUUAAAGAAUCCAAAUUAUAAUCUAAAAUAGAUUUUAAAUUCUGUUGUGAAAAAAAGGUUGUGCCGACAUUU